AUGUUGUACUGUGUCAACCUGAGCACUACUAGUACCCGUGGUACUGAGGCUCUGCUCAAGGACCUAUGGACUGCCUCGUCCGUGCUACGUGAGUUUCACGGUACGAAUGGCAGCCCUCUCCCAAGCUCCGUUCCUUCCUACAAGCCAGCAAUGGCCUCCUCAACAGGUGAUACUGGAGUUACAUCACCACCAAUUAUCCAGGAUGAGCAUCCUCCUUCUAUAUCCUUGUCGUCUCAGCAGAGGCUACUGCUCCGGAGCGAGCAAUUCCACUCCCGAAUCCCGUAUCUGCGACGCUUUCCCCUCCCAGCAAUUGGCAUCAUCAGCCUCCUGGUGCUGAUCAACCUCUUGGCAUGGCUGAUCGCCGGCGUGGUCCUCCACUUUCACACCGCUCUCGUGUCCACCACCGCCUUGUCCUACACUCUCGGCCUGCGUCAUGCUCUUGAUGCAGACCACAUCUCGGCCAUCGAUCUCAUGACCCGACGCCUCAUCGCAACUGGACAGCGGCCCGUCACCGUAGGCACAUUUUUCUCACUAGGCCACUCUACCGUCGUCGCCAUCACGUCAAUUGUCGUUGCUGGCACGGCUACCGCUGUCUCGGGACGGUUUGACAAUCUCGGAUCUGUGGGAGGGAUUAUUGGUAGUUCUGUUAGUGCUGCGUUCCUUAUCCUCCUUGGGAUCAUGAACGCAUAUAUUUUGUAUAAGCUGGUUGUCCAAAUGCGAAAGGUGCUUAAUUUAUCCGAAGGUGAAGAAGAGCAAGGCUGGAAAGUGGAAGGAGGUGGUUGUCUGUACAGAGUCUUGAAGGGCAUGUUUAAGCUGAUCGACCGGCCGUGGAAGAUGUAUCCGCUUGGUGUCCUGUUUGGCAUGGGGUUUGACACCUCGUCCGAAAUUGCCUUGUUGGGUAUCUCGGCCAUUCAGGCGGCGAAAGGGACUUCGAUCUGGUUGAUCAUGCUCUUUCCCGUGAUGUUUACAGCGGGCAUGUGUUUGGUGGACACGAUUGACGGAGCGUUGAUGUUAACGAUUUACAUACUGCCGAUGGACGAUGUCAAGAAGAAUGACGAGACCACGGUUACGGGAGGCGAUGGAAAUAGCCGGGACGAAGGUGCUACCAAUCAAGCCAAUGCGCGAGCAAAAGACCCCCUCACUUUUCUCUACUACUCGAUCGUGCUCACAGCUUUAACCGUCAUCGUCGCUUUGGUCGUUGGCAUCAUCCAGCUCCUCACGCUGAUCCUGAAUGUGGCCGAGCCGUCCGGCAGGUUUUGGGAUGGCGUUGAAUCCGCUGGCGAGCACUACGAACUCAUCGGUGGGGCAAUCUGUGCCAGUUUUGUGGUGUUUGGAUUGCUCUCCGUCCUACUCUACAAGCCUUGGAGGAGAAGAGUCGAAAGAAAUAGACAGGCCAGGCGUCAACCCCAGCAGAUCGGAGAAGAUGCGGAGGAGACCGAGGCAACGGCAGCAUCCGGCGGACCGUUCGAUGUCAUGAGUGAGCCCACACACCAUGACGGGCGGAGGCUGGAUACCAGAGCGGCGCAUGCUGUGAACAAUCCCAAGGCCACGGCACAGACCGUCCAGCAUAUUCUUUGA